UAGCGAGAGAGAGAGAGCGGGAAAACGUAUGAGUCACUGUACAUAAUCUAUAACCACUAGGCAGGCCGAUUUAAAGGACAGUCAUGAAUACGGUGUACGUUCUAUAACUGGAGUUCCGAUACAAGAUCUGAUGACUAGCGCCUGACAAAUACGUGUUGCUCUUAUUCCUAGUGUUGAUGUCUUUAAAUAUGUGAGGAUUUUGCUUUUUGACUGGCUAAUAAAUUGGAUAGGAAAAUACAUGACAUAUUGAAGUCUUAAAAAAUCAACAUGAAAUUUAGACAAUUCGAGUUUCGUCUGUUUCCGAGGCUUCGAAACAGGAAGAAGAAGAAGACGAAGAUAAAUCAUCCUGAUUACCCACGUGACAUCAGUUUAGAUAAAAAUAGUAACUUGUAUCAGGAAAACUUUCCGUGCUUCUAUGACAAUUUUGCCGCAGAAACAGCUAUUUCUGAGCAGUUUCCUGGAUAUAUUUUAUGUAGAAGCAAUGGCACAGUGUUUGACACUUUCGACAGUUCAUCCAAUGACGAUACGUGUUCAAAGGGAUUCCCCUUCAAAGAGCUAAAAAUAGACAUUGACAGCGCGUGCAGUUGUUCUCAAUGCGCAUGUAUCGGUGAUCAUCUUUAUAACAACCAGAUGUCGUGCGAGGUGUUUUCGGGAUCAUGCGUCGGAAGUUUGGGGACUCCGAAUACCAUUCCAAGGUCAAGAACCCGUAUAAAGACAAAUCCAUGGUUGCCGUCACCAAGGUCAACUCCUAGUCCUACAGGUCAAUACCAGCAAAUAGAGGAGUUUUGUGCGAAUGAACAUUUAAAUAUAAACCGGCCGAGUACUCUCCCUUUACUAACACCCUACAGUUCAGAUUAUCUGAAGGGAGAGAAACAAGUGUCGGCCUCAUUUAACGGGCUUGCUGGGAUACCAGAACACGGAAUAAUACAUGACGGUUCGAGCAAAAAACUUUACGACAACGGAGGGGAAUACCUGUAUAAGACAAUAAGAAAGAAGAGCAAAUUACCUGAAAUUGACAAUGUCAUACAUUCGCCCUUAGAUAGUUUACUCAAAGAUGAUUCAAAUUACGAAACUGAUGUUUCAAGUUGUACCUCACCGUUAAAUGAAUUCCUUAAAUGUGUCAAGUAUGAGAUAAAUUUCGCCUACGAAAAGAACGUCGAUGAUCUCUUAGAAAGUUCAACAUUUCCGCGUGACGAUAGCUUUAAUUCCAUCAUCAAUAUCCGCGCAGACGUUCCUGAUCAUUCUGAGAUUGACUGUGGUGACAAAGCCACAUGUGAAACGAAGCUUGAAGAGGACGUGGAAUUAACUUUUGGCGAUUCGAAUAAUAACAUGCAAGAAUCUAUCGAUACCGGAUACGGAAGUGUAUCCCCUGACAGCGACUUCCUGUCGUCUGAUGAAGAAUUUGGAGCAAACUCGGAAAGUAAGUACGUUUCUAAAGUUGCGGAAAAUAAAUUUAGUGAGGAAAAUGACAUAGCCAAUGUAUCUGAAUCAUCUACAAACGAUUUAAGUGAACUUGUAAAGCAUUCCGUCUCAGCACAAGAUAUGGACCAAUCACGUGACAGUGAUAUGUCUAAAGAUAAAGACACUAGCUGUGAUUUCAGUGAUACGAGUGAUUUGGAAUGGGACGAUGAACCCAUGACACAAACGCUAAUACUCGAAUUCCCACAAUUCAUUCCAAGUCAAAAUGAUUCCACUUUUGACAAUUGUCUGGCUGACAACAACUCGGAUUCAUACCAACCGCCAAUUAAAAGAUACAAUUCUGUGAAGUACAGGAGAAAUAAAGGAAAAGACAUUUCUGAAAAGGAGUGCAUCUGUCGUCGAAGAAGGUCAAGAUCGUUAGCUGACAUAGAGCUGAGUCUAGACGAAAAAGUCGUUCUCCUCAGAGAAGAGAAAACAUUUGUCCAGCGUAAGAUUCACGAGGCUAUAUUAGAAGAAAGGGUUCGAGAACACCAAAUGAAGAUUUUUAGACUUUUGUCCGGGGACAAGAAAAAGAAGCUGAUAGAGCAGACGUUACAUAAUCUCAAAACGAGACUCGAAGACCAGAGUGCACGCCUACAAGCUAGCUACAGUACUGUCCUCUCUCUACAGAAUCUUUAUUCAAAACGGAGAGGAAAUGCAACAGAUGAAACAGUGCAAAAUGAAUGUUAAUGAUCUAGAUAAAAUUUAUGUCUCGAAGCAUUAUGAAUAUAUCAAGGACUAAAUGAAGUAAAAUCUGAAGAUUGUCGGUAGGGAAUCAUGUUAUAUGUAUAUGGAAAAGUCUUACUAAAAUGCAUUGUUUAAUAUAUUUAGGCCUAAAUUAAGUAAAUUUUAUUGUUUGUCAAUAAGGAAUUACUUUCUAUGUUUUAUAUCUUGAAUAACGAACGAUUGAUGCUAAAAAGAUGUUAAACGAAACUGAUGAUAUAUUAUUUGCAUAAAAAUGCAGCAUCCGAAAUAAUGACAAGAAAUCGUUUGGACCAAAUGUUGUGUAAGAUAUUUUUCAGUUUUUAUGGUACAAGAUUUGAUGAGUUUUGUGCAAUAUGUUAUUUAUUUGUUGAUGUUGUUGUUGUUAUUGUUGUUUGCAAAUACUAUUAUGUAUAUGUGAAUCAAAUGGACUUGUUAAAACAUAUUUAUAAAUGUAGAUUUAGUUCUAAAAAUAAAAGAAGAAAAACU